AUGAGUAGCCCUACUCAGCAUACACAGACACAGACUUCUGUCAAUAACGGCUCACCCUCAUCGAUAUCCGCCAGACAACCCGAUCAAGUGAACUUACGAUCAUCCGUGUCGUCCACAGUCAAAGUCGUCCAACUGGUGAAUAUGCUAGCUAACGGUUACGAACCAGAUCCCGUACCCCACAAGCAGCCAGAACAAGUGGUUCAAACCACCGUAACCGAGCAGGUCGUUGAAGAUGGGAAUACGACGAUGAUGAGUAUCGAAGAAAAUGAAGUUGUUGGUGAACUUUCACAAUCUCAAGAGGCAGAUCAAGACCAAGAUGAUGAUAUGAAUGGAAAUCCCGAUGAGGAAGAAGAAGACGAUGAAGAAGGCGAAGGCGAGGGGAGUGAGGAUGACGAGGAAGAUGAUGAUGAUGAGGACGACGAGGAGGACGAUGACGAGGAAGAUAGUGGUGAAGAGAGUGAAGAUCUGGGUGGAUCUCCCGAAAUCGUCGCUAUUGAUGGACCGAACGGACCUUCCAGACUCUCUUUACCGCCCGUCAUAAAGCCUGAACCAGGUACGCCCGGAGCUGGUCCGUCCACUUUACCUGGUGAUACUACCGCUCCAGGCGAAGCUGGACCAUCAACUUCCGGAGAAGGAGCAGAGGGAGAAACGAAUGUCUUGGUACCUAAAAAGAAGAAACGGGCUAAACUCCGCUCACCAUCUGAAGAAGAAGAUUUACCUCCUCCACCACCACCUAUGAAGACUAUAAGACUCGAAAGAGCAAUGUUACCCGAGGGGGAAACGUUGGAAUGGAAUAUCUUAGAUGACGCAAGGGAGAAUGGGAUGGUAGCUGAAAUCUGGGGUGUGGCAGAAGGUGAAGGCGAACCUGAAGAUUUACCUAUAUCUAUACCUACAGAGAAUCGAAAUGGAAUGGAAAUUGAUGGUAUACCCCAACCGUCAAUACCACCGAAUGGACAUGAGGUGCUUCCUGGUGAAGCUCCUGCUGGACCCUCAUCUGGACCAUUAUUUGGAUUAGGAUUUGGAGAAGAAGAUCCAGAAGAGAUCGCUAGGAGGUUGGAAGAGAAAUACGGUGAUGAUAAUAAGAAAAGUAAAAAAUCAAAGAAAAGGAAACCGGUCGAGACAUACGAUCUGGAAGAUGAAUUCAUUGACGACUCGGAGAUAUUGAUUGAUGCGCCUACUCAUUUCGCUAGACCGAAGAAAGAAGGUUUCUUCGUUCAUUCUGGUCCACUCGAAUUGAUGGAAGAAUCACCUGUCAAGCCCAAAGCACGACCCGCCAAACCGAAACCCCGACAUUCCAACCCUGCUCCACCGCCUAAAGAACCUCGCGCAUCCCUCUCGGCGGUACUUCGCGCUCGUAAACAGCGAGGAUACAAUUUCAGGGGAUCUCAAGCUGUACCAAUAAGCAUCGAUGAUGAUUCUGAUGGAGAGAGGAACGGUGGACCAUCAAGGAGUAGAGACACUCGUGCGGGAUCGUUAUCCCCUCCACCGCCUGUCAAGGACGAAACGCAAGAUGCAUUGCUGUCGGAGAUACAGUCUGUACAUAUUGAUAGACUGAGAUACAAGAAUGCGUCGAGGGAAGAAAGGUACCUCCCACCAUGGUCUGAAUUUCCUGAUGACUUGCGUAAGAGGUUAUGGAUACUUCGGUCAGAAAGUGAAAAACAACAAUGGGAUGCGAUUAACAAGAGUAGAUUCCCUGAGAACCUCAAACCAUUCCUCCAAGCUGCUGGAGAAGCGGCAUACGAACAUGAUAUAUUUGGGCUGGGCGAUAGAGAAGGUGUAGAUAAGAGUUUUUGGCACGCUAUAACUAGUGCUUUGCCUUAUAAUGAAUAUACCAUGAAGAAAUUAUGUACGAAAUUGUGUUAUCCUGGUUAUUGGAGAUGGUUACAUGAUUGUGAAGAUGAAGCUAUCCGACAAUUUGGGGAGAUGGUUGAUAAAGAUAGAGAAGAGGUAGUGAGCAAGUAUGAGGAAAGUCAUAGAAAAUGGGAAGAGGAAGUGAGAGAAUGGGAUGAAGCACAUCCAUCGACUCAGACGAAUGGAGCUGGACCAUCUUCCAAUCCCGCUGCACCAAUGGCAUUAAACAACCUCGUCGAUCCUCCCAAUGGCUCAAAUGGACCUAAUGGCACGCCCAAUCCAAGUUCUACACCUAAAUCAGAUGAUGUUCGACCUCCCGAACCGCCCAAACGAUUCGGUUGGAAUUCCGAUAUGAGGGAUGUGUUUGUUCAGCUGGUAGAAAAUAUGUAUAACAUGGUUGAUCUCACUACGAAAGCUGGAGAUUGGAAUAUACCGGGUGCUAAGACGGGUAAGGAGUUUAGUGAAGCCUCGAUCAAACAAAAAUUAUACAAGAGGAUUGUCGAUCUGUUCCCUGAAGGAUAUAUGAAUACCGGUGUUUUAUCAAGAGAAAUGUCCAAGAUCAAUAAAGUGAAAAAAGCCAAACAGAAUGAAGGUGAAAACGAGAAUUAG